CCCCCUCCCCGCUCGGCGUCGUCGCUGUCGCGGCCCGGGGGAAGGCUGGAGGCCCGUCCUCGCGCUCUCCCUCCGGGUCUGGGCUGCAGCGGCGCGGCGGCGGCGGCGGCGGCGCUGUCCAGAGGCUGCGGGGCGCGCCCCUCCCCCGCCUGCGCUGCCCCCGCUCCUCCUGCUCCUCGUCUUCGCCCGGCUCGGUGAGCCGCGAGCGGCAAGAUGGCGGCGCCCAGGCCGCCGCCCGCCCGGCUGUCCGGCGUCAUGGUGCCCGCGCCCAUCCAGGACCUGGAGGCCCUCCGCGCGCUGACGGCGCUCUUCAAAGAGCAGCGGAACCGAGAAACCGCACCCAGGACUAUCUUCCAAAGAGUCCUGGACAUCUUGAAGAAAUCUUCCCAUGCUGUUGAGCUGGCCUGCAGAGAUCCAUCCCAGGUGGAGCAUCUGGCCUCCAGCCUGCAGCUAAUAACAGAAUGCUUCAGGUGUCUUCGAAAUGCUUGUAUCGAGUGUUCCGUGAACCAGAAUUCCAUCAGGAACUUGGAUACAAUUGGCGUCGCUGUUGAUCUGAUUCUUCUUUUUCGUGAACUGCGGGUUGAACAGGAAUCCCUGUUGACAGCUUUUCGCUGUGGCCUGCAGUUUCUAGGCAACAUUGCCUCACGGAAUGAAGAUUCCCAGUCUAUUGUUUGGGUGCAUGCUUUCCCAGAACUCUUUUUGUCUUGCUUAAAUCAUCCAGACAAAAAAAUUGUUGCCUACUCGUCAAUGAUUUUGUUCACAUCCCUGAAUUCUGAAAGAAUGAAAGAACUGGAAGAAAAUUUGAACAUUGCCAUAGAUGUCAUCGAAGCUCACCAAAAGCAGCCUGAAUCAGAAUGGCCGUUCUUGAUUAUUACAGACCACUUUCUGAAGAGCCCGGAAUUGGUGAAAGCGAUGUAUGCCAAAAUGAGCAAUCAAGAAAGAGUUACAUUGCUAGACCUCAUAAUUGCAAAAUUAGUGGGGGAUGAGCCACUGACCAAGGAUGACAUCCCUGUGUUUUUGAGCCAUGCUGAGCUGAUUGCAAGCACUUUUGUGGAUCAGUGCAAGAUGGUGCUCAAAUUGACCUCCGAGCAGCAUGCAGACGAUGAGGAGGCAUUGGCCACAAUUCGGCUUCUUGAUGUCUUGUGUGAAAUGACCGCUAAUACUGAUCUGCUCACCUAUCUGCAGGUUUUUCCUGGCUUGCUGGAAAGAGUGAUUGACCUUUUACGACUGAUUCAUGUAGCUGGCAAUGACACCGCAAACAUCUUCAGUAGCGGUGGCUGCGUAAGAGCAGAGGGUGACAUCUCAAAUAUGGCUGAGGGCUUUAAGUCUCAUCUCAUCCGUCUGAUCGGAAAUCUGUGUUACAAGAAUAAAGACAACCAAGACAAGGUCAGCGAGCUGGACGGCAUUCCCUUGAUCCUGGACAGCUGCAGCGUCGACGACAGUAACCCCUUUCUGACCCAGUGGGUGGUGUACGCCAUCCGCAACCUUACUGAAGACAAUAGUCAGAACCAAGAUCUGAUUGCGAAGAUGGAGGAACAGGGACUGGCGGACGCAUCCCUCCUUAAAAAGAUGGGCUUUGAAGUUGAGAAGAGGGGUGACAAGCUGAUUCUGAAACCUACUAGUGACCCACCUCCGCUGUGAAUGAACUCUCCAUUGAAAUAUCUGAAUUUUUGGAAUCUGUUUCCUGGAUUUUUCGUCUUCUGCAGUAUGUGAAAUUGCAAGUGUUUGAAGAUUUAUUAAGUGCAAAUUCAGGAACACACGAAUCCUUUAGAUAAUAGAGUUUAAUGUGGAUAAGCUCGAAAGUGAAAGUACAUGAGUAUUCUGUUGUUUCUUUGCUUUAGAAACUGUCUGGUUUGCCUUUGUCCCCAUGGAUACAGUGUGCAUUUAAGUAAUAUAUUGUACUUACUGUGGCAACAGAUAAUAAAUUCUUCUCCUCAAGGGUGCAUCCCUUAUUUGGCAAAGA